GAGACUGACUAGACAGGGAGACAAACCGACUCAACAAGACAAAAUGUUUUUGCAAAUCCUUUUGGUCGUCAGUCUGAUGCAGUAUGUCACAUCUCAAUGCACCGAUGCCUGGUGGGGGAUCAGCUUUGAUUCGCAAGGUCAAUCCAAAUGUAAUGAGAUCAACGCUUACAUCAUUGGACUGAACAGAUGGAAACACUAUUGGGACGAUCCUCUCGCUCACUUAGAAGGUGUUGAAUGUUGUCAACCAAUCGCUCCUUGGAAUAACGUUGAACAGCAGGUAGUCUACGAUGACUGGACUUAUGCACUAGACAAUGAUUACUCCUGGGCUUUCUGUCGUGUAGGCUACUUCCUUCAAGGCUUGUACAGGUCAAAUCAGGCAUUUCCACCAUAUAAGGGCUAUCUUUUCAACAUCGAGCACGCACGAUGCACCAAACCAGCCACUCACCCAUUGAAUUAUGGGUCAUGUCAAGAUAUUGACAUAAGUUAUUGUAUGACUCAACAGGGUAAAUGUUUCUGUCCGGCUGGAUCUUUUCUGACAGGAAUAUACCGAGCUGACGGAGAUGACCUUUACUUUUUGAAAAAAAUUCGAUGCUGUACAGUAGCAUCCAACGCGUUGGUCAUGGACGAGAAGAGUAAAAUACAGACACGCAUCAUGGACACGACAUUGUGGAAUAUGGCUACCUUAGCACAUUACUUGGGUUAUGGCUGGUGCUAUGGCUGCCACGGGAUGGCCGUUGGUGAAGAUUUUAACAGAAAUGGGGACACAUGGGCAGCUGAUACAAGUUCCUUCUGGGGCUCAUGGUGCGAGGGAGAUAAAAAUGGUGAAAGACUCAACUUGGUUUUUGGAGAUUGGGGAUUUGCUGUCAAGGAAAUUAUUUAUGGAGAAAGUGUCAUAGAGGAUCUUCAAGCUGAAACUGUAGACUCUGGAGUACUUUACAAUAGAGCAUCGUCCCCUGUUACUGAAUCCAUUAGUAGAUCAAAGACAAUUCAAGAAACUAUUACACAUUCUACCACUAGUACUUUUUCCAACAGUCACGAACUUGGAAUAGAACUUGAAUUUGAUGCUAAGACUGUCAAGGGGAAGUUUUCUUAUAAGACGAAAUUUGAAUAUUCAACUUCAACUACUAAUUCAAAGAGUGUCUCUGAAACUGAAGGCUUUAUUAAACAAUCUUCUAUCACGCUUGGACCAAUGGAAGGAGCUAAAUACGAGGUAAUCUUGAGUAAAAGUAGAACAACUGUACCGUACACUGCAAUCAUUGUGACCAAGUUUUCUACAGAAAUGAGAGGAUUCUUGCGCUGGGAAGACGGUAAUGGUAACUUCCAUCAACAACAUAGAACUAACAGCGGCAGACCCACCUACAAUUAUCGGUUUGGAAACGCCAACAAUCCAUUUUACAAAGAUCUUAAGAAACAAAGUGAUAACAACGAAGGAGUCUGGAUGUGGGGAAUGUUAUUUCAGAAGUUUCCAGAUGCACGUCGAGUCAUCAACAGACUUACUGAUGAAACUCAAUAUCAAUUUACUUUAACUGGGAAACUUGAAAAAGUUGAAGGCACAAAUAUUAAUGUAAAGUGGGAUAAAAUUAAACUCAAUCGCCGUGAUGUCUCUGUGAAUGAUACACCUGGAAGAAAUAUUACAACUUACAUUGCUGCUUCAGGUCCUGCUGAUAAACCAGCUGUCGUUGAGUACCCCGAGGUUAAUUUAAAUAACCAGGAGUCAUUUAUACCUAUUCAGAUUCCUGUCACAGGAGAAGUCUAGAACUCUAAAUAUUCUGAACCUGUAUUGUAUUUGUAUGCAUUAUGAUCAAUUUUAAUUUGCGAAUAAAACUUGAUUAAUUGCAAACUUAUAUAGAAAUUUCUAAAUUACCUUUUUUUAGUGAUAUCCCUUUAGAAUAAAAAACCCAUAACAUGUGCAUUUUCAUUUGAUUGUCUUUGAAAUAAGAAACAGUCUC